AUGUCCCCGCGCGGGGCUGCCGGGCCAUCUGGGGCCGAGGGCUGGGGCGCACCCCCCACGGGGCGCACCCCCCACCCCACCCCCCACCCCCGGUCCUUGGCAGCGGCUCGGGGAGGAAGGGGCGCCCCAGGGCCGUCAUCCGGCUGCAUAGGAAUGCGGACGGGCCCCCGCCCGGAGCCUCGGGGCGCGGGCGGCCCGGGGACGUGGGAGCUGGAGACACACGGCGCGGCCUGGGGUCCUCACCCUCUUCCCCCAGAGCGCAUCCCCCAGGCCCACUGUUUCCAGGAUGCCCUGGGGGAGAGGGGUGUCCCCGCUGCAGGGUGA